AUGGAUUCUGAGGGAGUGUUAUUGCGGUUGAUCCACGAGCAUUCUAUGAUCCCUUGUAAUCAUCUGAGGAAAGGUGAUUGUUGUGGACGCUUUGAAGCUAUAAGCGAUGGCUACUACUGCAAAACAUGCGAUUUUUUCGUCCACAAGAAAUGUGUCGAUGAGGCCUCUGAAUCUAUCGAGCAUCCAUCUCAUCCCGGUCACACUCUUCAGCUUCUAAGUAAACAAAAAUAUCGUUAUUGUAAUUUAUGUGGAAGGGACAUUAAGGAUCUAUGCUAUCAUUUUGGUAACUUCGACGUGGAUCUAUAUUGUGCAAAGUACCCACCACCAGAGGUUAUUGAAAGUUCUGAGACACCAUGCCACAAGCGCACCCUUCUCAAGGAGAAGAUCGAGUUUCAUUGUGAUGCUAAAUGUGAGGAGAUUGGUUAUGGCUUUCCUUACAAAUGUCUUGAAUGUGGUUUGACCUUUCAUAUCGACUGUGUUUUGCAUCCAUCCGGGGUAAAACACCUGCCAGAGGUAAUCCACCCGCUAGACGUAAAGAAUCACUCUUGCCACCCCUUGCACCCUCUUAAGCUUGUUCUCACAGGUCAACUACCAGACUAUUCUGAUGGAAAAUGUCGUCUUUGCGAAAAAAAGAUCGAUAGCCCUUUGUUCUAUCAUUGUUCUCCAUGUAACUUCACCUUGGAUAUGCGUUGUGCUUUAAACCCGCCAUCAAUAUCUUUCGAGGAUUCGAAAACUCAUGAUCACCAACUCACUCUUCUCCCAAGACUCGACUCUUUUACAUGUAAUGCUUGUGGGCUGAAGGGAGAUCGAAGCCCUUACAUAUGUGUUCAAUGUAAUUUCAUCAUCCACCAAGAGUGUCUUACCCUUCCACGCCUUAUAAACAUAAAUCGGCAUGAUCACCGUGUUGCUCGCACUAAUCUUCUGGGUCUUGUAUAUUCUGUGUGUGGAGUUUGUCGCCAAAAAGUGGAUUGGACUUGGGGAGGUUAUUCUUGUCAAAGGUGUUCUAACUAUGUCGUUCAUUCCAAAUGUGCUACAAGAAAAGAUGUGUGGAACGGGAAAGAACUCGAAGGAGUUAUUGAAGAAACAGAAGAUAUAGAGCCGUAUGUGGUAAUAGAUGACAACACAAUACAACAUUUCAGCCACGAAGAGCAUUACCUAAAACUCGACGACAAUGGUGUUUUAUGUGAUGAAAACAAGCGGUGCAGCGCAUGCACCCAUUCCGUUUGCCUCGAAUCCUUCUAUGGUUGUAUGGAUUGUGACUUCAUUCUUCACCAAAACUGUGCUAAAUUUCCUAAAAGGAAACGACAUGUGCUACACAAUGAACGGCUUACUUUAUUUACACGCGAGGCUGGUCACUUUUGGUGUAAUGUUUGUGGUAGAAUCUCCAAUGGUUUCAGUUACCAAUAUGGGGAUAUGAAAUUAGAUGUCAUAUGUUGUUCAGUGUUGGAGCCAUUUGUCCAUCCAAGUCAUCCCGAUCAUCCCUUAUAUUACAUUUCACCAGAGAUGGAAGAAGUCUGCAAUGGUUGUAACAUGUCGGGAACUAGAAUGCUCAGGUGCAUUGAAGAUGGUUGUGGAUUUGUCUUAUGCUUCAAAUGCGCCACUUUACCGCGAGUGUUAAAGCAUAGAGUUGACGAUUAUCCUCUCUUACUAUGCUAUGGCGAAAAGGCAAAUGGUAUAUAUUGGUGUGAGAUUUGUGAGAAAAAAAUGAAUCCAGAGAAAUGGUUCUACACAUGUAAAGAUCAAUGGGCUAGUUUGCACACAGAGUGUGUAGUCGGAGACUUUUCAGGGCUCAUGCCAGGAAGCGUAGUAAAGGCUGAGACGGGAUCAUAUGAGGUUGUGCUCAACAAGAAUGUAUCUCGCCCGUUUUGCAGGCAGUGUAAGUCGCAUUGCAUGUACCCUAUCAUCUAUAAGAUACCUGAAACCUCAGUUUCUUAUCUUUGCUCUGAUAUUUGCAUAAAGCGUUUUACAAAGAGAGACUGA